CAUCCACGGCACUUUUAGCAAGCACCGUGCAUCCAAAGUCCUCCUGUGCCACUGACUUCAAUCUCUCUGACAUACGAAUCUGAAGAUACCAAGGAGGACAUCUAUACUGAACAUGUCAGCUGUGACGGUUCAGCCCCUCCCAUUUGGACGUCUGGAGAGAGAGAAACACAUCGAGACGCUUUUCAGGGCUUUCCAGCGCAGAAUAAGGCGUUCCACAGACCCUGGGGUAUCGAUGGCAUCCCACUCUCUGGGGGGGCCUGUUUCCCCUCAGCUCCACAGUGCAGAGGUGCCGGGGCUGAGGCAGGAGAGGGAAGAGGACGGCCAAAUGGACUUUGGGAGAGGAGCUGUAGGGGUGGAGAUGGACCUCCGGACUGAUGGGAACCAUACUGGCACAGAAAAAGCUGAAGGCCUGGGACUACUGGACUCCAUCAACCAGCUGCGCAUCACUGCCAAACCGGAGCUGCAAGGUCCACACUGUGUUCCACGCCGGACGUAUAGUAUUGCUUCAGGAACCAGAGACCAGCUCUACGUGGCAGUUGAAGAAAGCUCCUGCCUAUGUCUGCAGUGCUGUGGUCCAGCACGUUCCUGCUCCUUGCAGGGUUUCGACCGGCAGGCCCAGCAGGUCUUCUUGUUUGAAAGGCCCCUCAGGGCGGAUGCAUGCUGUCUGGGCUGCUGCCUGAUGGAAAUGAGGGCUUUUAAUUCUGACCACCAGCUGAUUGGAACUGUGUACCAGAGAUGGAGCAUGUUCACCCCUCUCUUUGAGAUCUGUGACUCUGACGGGACAUCCACAAUCAGAAUCCAGGGUCCCUGUUGUCCCAGUCGAUGCUAUUCUAACCAGGAGUUUCAGGUGGUUUCAACCAUUGGAGAGAGACUGGGACGAAUAUGGAAGAAGUGGCCCGGAUUCAAUGAAGAAUGCAACAUGGACCAUGAGUUUUUUGGAUUAGACGUCCCUCAGGAAAUGAGCACAAGAACAAAAGUCCUUCUACUGGCUGCGACUUUCUUGCUGAAUCACAUGUUCUUUGAGAUGAGUUAACCUGGUCGGAAAAGGCCCCUGAAGCGAGGUGAGAGGUCAUCAGUUCUGCUGGGACUAGGAAAAGUCCGUCACUGGGGCUAGAAGACGUCUGUCACGGCUGCAGUUGAUGCAACAGUCCCAGUGGAAAACAAUGAUCCUGACACAGCUGACAGUCUCCUCACUUUCAAAACAACCCACCUCUGGCUCAACUACUGCUGCUAGAGGGCAACGUCAGAAGUCCAGCUUCCUUGACCAAAUGAAGAACACAGGAUACACGCUGCUUACAUCUAUCAUUUACCCAUUUAAAUAAUUGUAAUCUUUGUUUUCUACCUCUUCAACAUCAGUGAAUGUACUCUUCUGAGACUUUACAUGAAUUUAAUUUUACAUUGCACAUGCCAACACCUCUUAAUUGGUAAUCAUUUGUUCCGCAAAAUUGUUCAGGCAUUGUAUGCAACCUCUUUCUGCUUGUAGUCUUUUUUCCCCCAAAAAGGAUGUACUAAAAUAUACAGCUACUCGCUGCCUGUAUUUUCGGUAACUGUAGCUAUCAUUUUGAAGUUGUGUCCAAGUGACUAGGAUCACAAUGGGGAAAGAACUGGACAAUGGAACAUUAAUGGACUGAGAACACAGAAGCCAAGCAUUUGAAGGUCACCCCCUGGAAAAGUUGUUGGCCAAAUCAUUUUGUCACUCUUACUGAAUGUGGCAAUGGAUUCAUCACUGGCAUUCCACUACAUGCAGUAUGCUCCCCUCUUCCAGCGGGAAGAUUGCCUUAUUCCUAUGUUUGUUCACAUUUAUUUCAUGUGUAGCCUGAUUGCCACCCAUUUUAAUUGACCUGUUGAUACUGAUUCCUGCUACAACACUACGAUAUCAGUAACGAACAUGAAUGUAUAUAUUGAAGUAUUCAAUAUACUCUUCAUUUAACUGAAUCUAAACAUGACCAGUCCAUGUCAAAUUAAUUUUAGUACAUUGCUGUUCAGGUUUUAUAUCACAAUGUUUUUUUGUAUUUGGAGGUGGGGAGGUUAUUCGUGUGACUUUUUGUCCUGUGAUACUUUACUGCCCGUAUUAGAUACUGCAAAAGAAUUGUGGAUGUUUGGUUAAUGUUACCGUGUCAAUUAUUUUUCUCUGUAAUCUUUUAGUGGGCCAAUACUGGCAGAACCCCAUUGGUCAACCAUUGACACAUUGCUGUGCUGACAAGCCGAAGUCAAUCUGCUAUGGCUUUGUAAACAAUUCAGUUAGCAACAGCCAUUUAAUAAUGGUCCCUAGUAGGUCGGCCAUUACCAGUGUUCCAUUGCCUUUGCCAACAUAAACAGAAACAUUGUUUCCUUGUCAGUCGUUGGUCCUUACUUGUUUAUCAAAACAAGAACAAAUCUUGAGAUCUUCACAUACAAACUUUCAACACUCAUGCAGUUGUCACUUUUCGUCAAUAUAUUGACAUUAGUACUUUAAGCACAAUGGUUUGAAAGCAUUAAAAAAAUAAAAGCGCUCUUUAUGAUUUUC